AUGGGUCUUUCCAAAGCCAGCUAUGAAGCCUUCCUCAUAAACAACGUCGAAACAAUCACCAGUCUCGAGUCAACUCUCCGCUCUAUAACUUGGUUUUUGCCUGGUAGAUUCAAGGAUGCGGAGCUGGCUUCCGAAGCUCUUACGACAAGUCUCAAUGUCGUGAGCAUGUACCAUGACACUCUUCUUGCUCGCAUGGUCAAGGAGAAUCCGAGUUACAAGCCUCUCAUUCCCGUUUCGCUUCAUACGAGGUUUACAAGGGCAUGGCUCGACAAGUCUUCGCCGUACAAGUGGAUAUCGAGGGCCUUGGAGAUCAUCAAAUUCACCCAGCUAGUCGUCGAGAUGGGUCUCCGACGCAAGGUGUCCGUGCAGACCAAAUGGCGUUGUAUCGUCACGCUCGAAGUCGUCAACACUAGAGCUGGACUCCGCCUCUUCCUCCUCAAACUCACGCGUCGACCUCUAGUCUCCCCACUCAUCCCAGAACGCGACUUUGACCCCGCAACAUUACCUCCACCCAACCCAGACCUGCAACCCAAAGCCUCAACCUCUGCAACCCAACUCCCAACUCCCCUCUCAACCCCCGACCACCUCAAAAACAAUCAAGUACCACUCGACCCCCACCCGCUCCUCUCCACCAAAGCUGAGCGCUCGACAACUGCAGCGGAAGACUACCUUCUCCCCAAGGCGCUUACCACCUCGUCCAUCAAACCAUCUUCUUCCCUCAUCCGAAACCUCUCUGGAGCGAGAGACUGGCUUGCAGAAAUCAUCUACAUCCUUCGACCUCUCGUCUAUGUCUCCCUGCUCGUCUCAGACCGCAAGAAAUCGCGCCCAAGCAACCGAGCACUUAUCACCGCCCUCGUAAUGGAGCUCAUCUCCCGAAACCUCCGCAGAACACCACCUCCCUCUGCCGAGCUCGAACGAGCAGAGUACGCUAAACGGGAUAAAGACAUGAUUUGGUACUUGCUCAGAGGGUCGAUAUGGGAAUCGUACACUCGGCCCAAGUUGCAAGGAUUCGCUGAGAGCACGGCUAGCAAACCCCUGCUUGGCCUCUUUGGUUCCCUCGUCCAAGAUUGGAUCCCCUUGAUUGACGAAUAUUAUUAUUAUACUGCCCCUUAA